AACGUUUCUGUAUUGUUAUUUUCUGGUGGCUAGGUUGUGGUAUGUGAUUGCAAUGGAUGUUAAAUGUGAAGUUGGUUCUAGCGAUGGCAAUUGCUGUUACACAGAUUCUUCGUCAUCCAGUGAACUCAACGAGGAUAAUGAUCGUAGGGACCAAGGAGUUGAGAUAACUAAAGGGACUCUUAAUUCGAUUUUAGACGAUAAUUCACGUACGUUUGAAUUUCUAAGAAGUUUUGGUGUUCUUGCUGAUAAGUACAUAUGUGCUACAUGCCGAAAGCCAAUGUCCUGUACUAAGGUUCCACCAAAAAGAAGUAGGGAUCAGCUUAUGUGGCGAUGCCGAAAACACAACGUGUGGAGGUCCGUCCGCAAAGGGACAUGGUUUGAAAGUGCGAGGCUUACCAUUAGAGCUAUAGUUUUGAUGACGUACUGUUUCUGUAUGCGUAAGUCUGUGUUGUCGACAAGUCGCAUUGCAGGAUUGAGCGACAGAAGUGCCCUCGACUGGUUUCUGUCGUGUAGGGAAAUUUGUUCAGCGUUACUGAAGAGAAGAGGAAAGAUAGGGGGCCCAGGUGUUGUGGUUGAGAUGGACGAAUUGCCUUUUAGGCGUGUUAAAUAUGAUUUGGGGAAGUGGAUGGCAGAAGUCUGGGUUUGGGGAGCAGUCGUUUGUGGGAAAGAACAUGGGCAGUUGGUUUUGAAAAUGGUUGAGAAGAGAAAUGCGAGGACUUUGCAAAGUCUUCUCGAAGAACAUAUCGAAGACGGGACUGUUAUAUGUUCAGAUAAGUGGAAGAGUUAUGAGGAUGAAGGGGAAGUGGACCUUCAGACUUUUGCAGCUGAUCACAAUUAUCAGUUUCGCAAUAAAUUGAUUGGUACUAUGGAGCAACAUUGGGAGGGCAUACAGAGAGUUGUGGGGAGAGGGAAGAGAAGGCUCGGUAGUUUGCAGGGCCAUUUGGACGAAUAUGUUUGGAGGGAGAGUGUGUUUGGACAGGGGUGUGUGUUUCAUUCUUUCAUGCGAGGUGUGGGAACACUUUACGUACCGUGUGUAGAGGACCCUACACCGGCACUGCAGGACUCUAGGCGUGUAGCAGAACACUCUAAGCCGGCAGCCGGAGUGAUAAUACCGGUAGCAGUGAAGAGAGAACCUUCGCUGUCAGCAACUGUUCUAUCCUCUCCAUUAGCAGCUGGAGAUGCGUCGCCAGCAGCAGUAAAGCGAGAGCCUUCACUGUCACCAGAUGAAUUCGAAGACCUGACACCGGUAGCAGUAAAAGAAGAACCUUCGCUGUCAGCAGCAGGUCCAUCCUCACCAGUAGAAGCUGCAGUGAACGUUACACUGCAGCCAAAGGAGAGGCCUACGAGGCACAGGAAACGUUUGGUACGCGAGGAUUUUUGGUAUCCCACCUCGUUUCAGGACUUUUGUGAUGCGGAGUUAGAGGAUUAGGACAAGGUUUUGGUGUAAUGUUCCUUUAUUUUCGGUUCAUCUGCCAGGUGUGGCGUAUCUGGCAAAACACUUUAGAAAUGGUCAUUUUGAAACUUUGUCUGUAUGGAGGCAUUUUGUGUGAUGGCCCUUUGCUCAUUUGCACUGUCAGUUUAUCCUCGUGACAUUCGAGUGAAGACUGUUUGUAACUUUGUGGUCUGUGAACUUGACUUUUAACCGAAAGUGUAAGGAAGAUAGAAUGCCAGCUGUAAUAGCUGAUCGGGAAAUGAUGCAGCUUCCUCAUCGAGAUCUUGAUUUGAAACAGGAUACCAGUUAGACCCGAUCCAGUGUAAGGCUGUGAUUAUACACCAGAGAAUGGCCCAACCGGUGCGACUGCCGAACACUCUGACGUGUGUGGGAAGAACUGACAGAGUUCCAAAUGGUGCCUCUUCGCAACAAUGCAAUGACAUUUUCUUUUGUUGAAAAUGAGCCCUAAGGAUAAAAGUUUGUGAUUUACAGUCCACUCCCAAUACGGGUGACACGAGUCCCAGGCGAUCAGCCCGGCUCACGCGAGUGUCGGAGAGGUCGGCUCUACGUUUACUAAAGAACUCACCCUCAGACUGUAGUAACUCAGUUGGCAGGUUCAGAUUUAUGUCACAAUGCAGAAAACAGAAGAUUUCUCACAGAAUAACAUUCUUGUACACUUGCACCAAUGACAAAGCAGUUACAGCAGAGGUAGAGAAAUUUAAAUACUUAGGGACAUACAUCGGCAAAAGUGGACUGGGUAAUAGCGAAGUAAAACACAGAAUACAACAAAGCAGAAAAGCAAUUGGAUGCAUCAGUUCUUUUGUGGACCAAGAACAUUUCUAACGACAAUAAGAAAAUGGUGGGUAGGCUAAUGGUCAAAUCUGACCCGUGCUAUGGAUGGGAACCACGGAUUUUAAAUGUUCACCUUUGCAGAAGACUAAUAACUGUGGAAACCGAUUAUUUGAGGAGGACCUUCAGAAUAUUGAGACUCGAGGAAAAAAGUAAUGACGAGUUUAGAGCUCGAAUGAGCGCAGAUGAAACAGUGGUAGAACUGGAAGAAAAUCAUUAAAGUGGUAUGCUUAUUUACUGACCAUGCCAGAUCAAUAGAGGCCAAAGAAAAUUUUUUAAGGGAAACCACGUGACAGAUAUAAAUGCGGGAGACCGUAGCGUUCUCGGAAAUGCCACAUCGACUAAAUAAUGGAAUGUUGAGGUGUGCACGAAGAGCGAACCUCAGUAGAGAGGCGUGACAGAAGACAACAACAAUACAGCAUAAUGUUUUAUUUAUGUAUGUAUUAAUCAAUAUAAUAAUAAUAAUAAUAAUAAUAAUAAUAAUAAUAAUAACUGUAAUAAUGAAUAAGAAAGCUCUCAGUUUCAC